AUGGUGCAGGCAGGUGGCGCGGUUUGCCACGCAGCGUGGGGCAGUGAAGGCGAAGACGAAGACGACGGACGUGUUGAUCGUGGGAGGGGCCCCGCUGGGUUGACUUUGGCAACGGCGAUCAAGCAGAACCCGGUGCUGGCGCACUACGACACGACCCUCGUCGACGGGGCGCCGUUAUCCGAGACAUUGACUCGGUUCAGGAGGGACCCACCCAUUGAGUACACGAACAGGGUUGUGUCUGUGACGCCGCAGACGUUGCAGUUCCUCGAGGGGACGCUUGGCGUGCAAUUGGAUCACGCCCGUAUGCAGCCCUACGAUGGGGUUUACGUCUCCGAUGGGGUGUCCAACGUCGCGCUGGACCUCGCGCGCGAGGAGAUGCUGUACAUGGUCGAGAUUCUGAACGUGCAGAGCUCGCUGUGGGCGAAACUGGCAGAGACGGAGUCCUCAGCGGGGGCCAAUGGGCUUCACCUUGUUGACCAGUGCAAAGUUGAAUCCAUUGAGAGCUCGUCACCGGAUGGGGACCCGACCGCGUGGCCCCUGGUGAAGUUGAGUAACGGGGACUCGUACAAGACCCGUUUGCUCGUCGGCGCAGAUGGGUUCAAUUCUCCAGUGCGCCGGUUCGCGAAGCUGAACUCUCGCGGAUGGGCCUACGACACCUUUGGGCUUGUCGCGACACUGAAGCUGGACACGGCACACCGUGGGCCCGUGCACAAGCUGCGCGGGUGGCAGCGGUUCCUCAAGACGGGACCCAUCGCUCACUUGCCCCUGCCGGGGGACAACGCCACGCUCGUGUGGAGCACCAGUGGUGGGGAACUCUCGCAACUGUUGAUGGAUAUGGACCCGGAACUGUUCCCGCACAUGAUCAACGCUGCGUUCGUGCUAGACCAGGCAGACAUGGAUUACUACUUUGACCAAUUGGCCCAGGCGAAAGCGCAACAGCAAGAACAGUCAACCCGUCGUGGUAACACAACGGCCAUGCUCAUCGAGGAUAUCCGCGCUCGGAUCAACGACAAGUGGGAUAACCUCAGGGACGAAUCCGAGAUUGACGAGAACUUCCCGCCGCAGGUGCGUGCCGUGGUCCCCAACACAAGGGCCCGGUUCCCUUUGAAGUUGUCCCACGCGGACAAAUACGUUACAGACCGCGUGGCACUCGUCGGUGACGCUGCGCACACUACUCACCCGCUGGCCGGACAGGGGCUCAACAUGGGCCAACACGACGUCGAGCAACUUUCGCGGGCGCUUGAGCGUGCGACUCUACGCGGGCUCGACAUCGGGUCCCUGCUUGCGCUGGAGCCCUUCUGGGCACACAGCUACCCGUUCAAUGACGAGCGGUUGAACCUCGCAGACCGGGUGCACAAGAUCUACCAUACGGACGCACUGCCCGUCGUCGCGAUGCGGAGCGCGGGCCUUUCGCUGAUCAGCCACCUCGACCCGGUCAAGAACAUGAUAUUGGGCACGCUGACGGGUGGGGCCAAGUAA